AAGCCCAACCCAUUAUUCACAAGCCCAAUAUGACAAUGGCAAAUACGUAAAUAAAAGGAUCCAAAAAAUCCUUUUUAUACCCCUCUUUCAAUUUCGGGUUAAAAUCCCAAAUUCUCCGAUCCUCUCCGAUUCUACUAUCGCUCCUCCUUGGAUUUUGUCUUGAGAGCUAGAAGAUAUGACGACGGCAGCUAGACCUACGUGGGCACCUGCUAAAGGUGGCAAUGAACAAGGUGGAACUCGGAUAUUUGGUCCAUCUCAAAAAUACUCUUCAAGAGAUAUUGCAGCUCACACAACAUUAAAGCCCAGAAAGGACGGACAAGACACCCAGGAUGAGUUGCAGAAGAGGAACCUUCGGGAAGAGUUGGAGGACCGUGAGCGGAGGCAUUUCUCUAAAGAUAAGGGUUAUAAUGAUGACAGAGAUCGUAGGAAAGGUAGUCAACUCUUAUUGGAAGGGGCUAAACGAGAAAUUGAAGAUCGUAUUGUUCCACGGAGUGCUGAUGCUGAUGAUGCUGAUGUGGAUGUUAAGAGUGAUGAUGAGAGUGAUGACGAUGAUGACGACGAAGAUGAUACAGAAGCUCUCUUGGCAGAACUUGAACAGAUAAAGAAAGAAAAGGCAGAGGAGAAACUUCGUAAAGAAAGGCAAGAGCAAGAAGAAGAGCUUAAGGCAAAGGAGGCAGAAUUAUUGAGAGGAAACCCUCUGUUAAACAAUCAGCCAACAACUUUCAGCGUGAAGCGAAGGUGGGAUGAUGAUGUGGUUUUCAAGAACCAAGCUCGCGGUGAAAUGAAGGCAACUAAGCGCUUCAUCAACGACACUAUCCGUAAUGACUUCCAUAGGAAGUUUCUUCAGAAAUACAUGAAGUGAAACAUGUCUCCGAAAAAUGCUCAUAAGAGCUGGCAAAUAUUGUGUGUCCAUUCAUGCUGUACCCUCAACGCGAUCGAAGCGAAUUGAACUGUUUUGUUUUGCUUUGCUUUGCUUAUUCUAGUGUGUAUGUAUGAUCCUGUUAACAAAUAUGAUACUGUUUUGUUUUGCUUAUUGAUGAUAUGAAUUUGCUGUUAUUAAACCAAA